CGGAUUUAUGAGACGGACCCGAAACAAAAUCAGGUUGCUCGCUGGAGGAGGGAGAUUUGAGAGGCGCAUGGAGAGCUGUCGGUCCUAAACUCAGCUGGCUGACCCCUUUAGUGGUUCAUUUCUUCAUUUCUUUAGCGUUUAUUCUACCUUUGGCCAUCAUGGAAACAGACUGUAACAUAAAAACGACCCCGAAAGGUUUUCAAUGCACCCUGUGCAAUGUCAACUUAUCAAACUUGCCAAGCUUGGAUCAGCAUGUGAAGGGGCGGAAACACAAGACGCUGAGCACUGUGCGGGCUUCCAGGAAGACCCAGGAGGAGCACAGUGUGUUUGUCAGUGGCAUCAAGCCGGAAAUCUCUCAGACUGAAAUAACUGAGUACUUCCAGCGGUUUGGGCCAAUCUCAGAUGUCAUCAUGGAUAAAGCCAAGGGUGUGUACGCCAUCGUGCAGUUUGCUGAGACUGACGGCACACAGGCGACCCUGUCCUGUGUCGAGCAUCGGAUGAAAGGCUUGAAGCUGCGUGUCAAACCCCGGGAAAAGAAGGAUUUCAAGAUGAUUCCCAAGAAGACCGGGUCCGAGAACCUCCAACAAUCCCUCGACCGUCUCAAACCUCAGCUGUGUCAGCUGAUGUCUGUGGACGCUCAGAUGAAGCACGUCGUAGAGCGAUUUCAGCUCAGAGACAACGAGAAGGAGGCCCGAGGCUUGCUGGUUCAACUCCUGCAGGAGGUUUUCGUCGAGUUUUUUCCAGACAGCAAGAUUCUGCCAUUUGGUUCGUCGGUCAACAGUUUCGGCGUCCACUCCUGCGACAUAGACCUGUUCCUGGACCUGGAAAACACCAAGGUGUUCCAGGCCCAUGCCAAGUCUACCACAGAGCAGGCAGGGGAGGGCAUGUCGGACGAUGGCCGCUCCGAGGACUCCAUCCUGUCUGAUAUCGACCUGUCCACCGCCUCUCCAGCCGAAGUCCUGGACCUCGUAGCGGCAAUCCUCAGACGCUGUGUCCCAAGUGUGCACAAAGUCCACGUGGUCGGCGGCGCUCGCCUCCCCGUCGUCAAGUUCCAUCACCAGGAGCUUAACCUGCAGGGGGACAUCACCGUUAACAACAGACUGGCAGUAAGGAACACCCGCUUCCUCCAGCUGUGUUCGGGGGUGGAGGACCGGCUGAGGCCUCUGGCGUACACCAUCCGCUACUGGGCCAAGCAGAAGCAGCUGGCUGGUAAUCCCAGUGGUUCCGGUCCCCUGCUCAACAACUACGCACUGACUCUGCUGAUCAUCUUCUUCCUGCAGAACUGUGAGCCUCCUGUCCUGCACACAGUGGACCAGCUCAGAGACAUGGCCUGUGAGGAGGAAGAGUGUGUGAUUGAGGGCUGGGACUGCACCUUUCCCACUCAGCCUAUUGCUGUGACCCCCAGCAGGAACACACAGGACCUCUGCACGCUGCUCUUUGGCUUCUUCUCCUUCUAUGCCAAGUUUGAUUUUGCCAGUAGUGUGAUAUCUGUCAGGAAGGGCUGUGCACUCCCAAUCACUGAUUUCCUCAGCCAGAAUAAGGAGGAGGCCAUGCACGAGGAAAAACCCAUCAAAACCCAACCCCACGGCCCCAAACUGGGCCCCCUAAAUCUCUUGGACCCCUUUGAUCUCUCCCACAACGUAGCUGGAAACCUGAACGAACGCUCUCACCGCAGCUUUCAGAGGGAGUGCCAGGAUGCUGACAAGUACUGCCGCAGCCUGCAGUACCACCGCAAAUCCACCAAGGGGAAACCGUGGGGGCUGGUGCGCUUAUUCACCCCCAAUGGGGAGGUUCCACAGGCCAAAACGGAGCAGCCGACCAUCAGCAUCCCCUUCAAAUCAGCAGCGCUCCCCAAAGGGCUGCGUGAUGAGCUACACAUGGCGGGCGAUGGUUUCCGGCUGCUGUGGUUUCAGAAGGUUUGCUCUGCUGUGGAGGGAGUCUUACAACGUGUUCUCAGGUGUCGCCUCACUCCCUCCGCGGGCGCCGUCUUCGGCGAGAAUUCGGUGGUCGAUGCUGCCGGGGAAAUGGAAACCUCCCUCAACACGUCGACAAACGACAGCUGCGACAGCGUUGACUCCCAGAACGAAGCCAGCCCUCUGGGCACAGCUGUGGUCGGUGCCAAGAGGCGGCUGUCUUCCUGCAGUGACGCUUCCGUGUCCCCUCAAGACAAAAAGCCACGACUGGCGAGAAAGGUCCGGCCCGAACUCCCGCACUGGAUCUGUGCGCAAAAGCACCUGGUGUGGGCCGGCAGGAGGAAAGUGAGAAGGGAGCUGAUGAAAGACGCCGACUCGAGGCCAGAGGGCAGCUGCGUGGAGCUGGAGUCGCAGGUCACGACUCACAUCAUUGAGAAAGAGCCGGCGCUCAAGCAGGCGCUGGAGUUCAAGGUCCAGCCGCAGAUGCUGAGCGGGACAGAAAGCACAAAGGUGAUCCUCAAGUUGGAGCCAACAUGCGACCGGACGGGAGUUUUUCAUGACUUCUUUCAUUUCCUGGAAGCCUUCUUGCCUAAGAUGGUCGAGACACUGAUGGAGAAAGAAGAGGGUCGUGUUUGAAAGUGACCCGUUUUGUCUCCAUUAAGUCCAAGAAGUUUAGUUUAGUUUGUUGUUUUUGAGUCAGAUGAUCGCUACGUGUAUUAACCCUUGAGAGUGCGACAUGAGAGAGCGUCAUGUGGCUUUAUGUUGACCAGGCAGACAUUUAUUUCAUUUGUGGACUUUGCCAGAAUGUCAAGUUUGUAAUGUUUUCAUAUAUGUUUUUUACUUGUUUUUGUUGUUUGUUUUAAAAACUAAGAUUUCCUGAUUACGCCCUACUUUCUAUGUUUUUAGUACAGUUCUGUUUAAAAUAAUCCUCUUAAACGAUGAAGCCUCAAAGGGACAUGUAGCGGCCGACAUGAUGCUGUCUUCAAAUGAAUAAAAAAACCCGUCUUUGUAAAA